AUGAAACAGACUUCCAUAUUUGAAUAUAGAUCUCGAAGAGAAGUUAAAACUUUCGAAGAAGUCGUUGAUUUGACUUCUGAUAAUGAGGAGUUAAAUGGCGGCAAUGAUUUAGAUAACAAAUUAUCUAUGGGUAUAAGUACAUCCGAUGAUAUGGAUGUGGAAUCAAACAGUACGGAUUACGUGUCGGCCGAAGAGUCUACAAAUAUUAACCCUUUUCUAGAUGUUUCGAAGUCUUUGAUCAAGAAUGAAAUCGAUUUAAAGGAACUGUAUAGUCUUGCUAUACCUUCAACUUCAUUUAUAUCUCAGAUCAAUAACGUUCCUGAUCUAUCUAUCAAGGAAGAAGCUAAAUUGUUUGUUGAAGAAGAAGGAUGUGUGAAGGAAGAGAACUUUGCUGAAGAAAAAGAGAUAUUUGUGAAGGAAGAAAAGUUGGUAGAAGAAAUAUUUGUUAGGGAGGAUCAGAAGGAAGAUUAUCAACAAGACCAGACAGAAUAUGAAAUACGUGAAGAUAAUGCAGAUGAUGAAAUGGAAUUAGAUACAGCUGAUGAUACUUUAAUGAGGUUCUACGAAUCUGAUUCUGACAUAUCUAGUGAUGACGAUCCAGAUUAUGAGUACAGAAUCAUGAACGAUAUUGAUCUUAAUUAUGCUUCAAGUGAUGAAGAACAAUAUUCGUUCAAGAUCCUAGGUGAUGCUCCCAAACGAUCAAAGCAACAAAAUAAAAUCAAUAUCGACAACAUAUCACAUCUUGAGUUAGUUGGCAAUGAUAAAGAUGCAUGUCCUGUUUGUAAAGUAUUUUUGGGUGAAUUAACUGAACAAUUCCGUCAAGCUCAUAUUAAGGGGUGUUUAUUAGAGACUAACUUUACAGUUUCUCCAGUAAGAAUAGCAAAAGAGAAAGCUGUCCCGUUGGUUAAGUUGCCACUGUACAGAAAUGAUACCGUCAAACAGAGUCCAUUGAGAAAGAUUGAUCCACCAAAGAAUGUAAGUUUUAAAUCUAAAAGAAGACCUAUACCUGAUUUGAAGAUCAUGGAGUUUCCCGUGAAUCCCAUCAAUAAUUUCAAAGUGUCUAUGGAUGCAUUUAACUAUUGUCCACAUCUAGAAAUUGAUCAUUACUUUCUAAGUCAUUUCCAUGCUGACCAUUAUGGAGGAAUAAGCAAAAAAUGGUGUUAUGAAAGAGUUUUUGAUUGUGUUGAAGAUUUUGAAGAUUUGUCAAGAUACAGACCAAUUAUUUAUUGUGGUAAAGUAACGGCUAAUCUUUUAACCAUCAAGUUCGGUAUUGAUCCCAGAUUCUUACAAGUAUUGGAUUUCGAAACCAAAUACCUCAUCAAGUCUUAUGAUAAUUUCAAGAAUGGAUACGAAAAAGUACAGAAGGUUGAAAAAGUUGAAUGUCCUGGAUUGUAUGUAACUUUAAUGACAGCAAACCAUUGUCCUGGAUCAGCUAUAUUUUUAUUCGAAUCAUUUGGUGACGAAACCGUUAACAAAACUUAUUUACAUUGUGGAGAUUUCAGAAUCAACAAGGAUAUGUUACAUCAUGAACUUCUCAAACCGUACCUCCUACCCAAAGGCAAAUCAUUGAUCGAUAAAGUAUAUUUAGAUACCACAUAUUUAACAUUUCAUUACAAUUUCCCCAAACAAGAAGAUGUAUGUAAUCAGAUCUCCCAAAUGUUUGAAGAUCUUUCUGACGUACUGGAUACUUCUUUAUUAAGUGAAUGGUUCGGGUUGAAUAAUCAGUCAAGAAUAACGGAUUUUUUGAAAUCCAAAGCCAAACCGAAGAAGAAAUUUCUAAUCGUUAUUGGAACCUAUGUCAUUGGUAAAGAAAGAUUAGCAAUAGCUGUACUGAAAAGACUCAAUAAUUGUCCCAUAUAUAUUCUGAGUAUUAAAAGUAGAGGAUAUCAGUAUGAAGUAGUACGGGCAUUCGAAGAUGAAUAUUUAGAUACCCAUUUAACAGAGAAUGAAUUUGGUAAUGAUGAUUGUCAAUGUGUAAUACAUUUGGUGCCAAUGGAUAUCAUUUAUACCAUGGAAGAAUUCAAAAAAUAUAUCAAAUUCAAUAAGUAUUUAGAUAAUUUUGAAAGAUGUGUAGGGUUAAGACCAACAGGUUGGAGUCAUACCCAAGAAUAUCGAACAAACAAAGAGCUAGAUAUGUUGGAAUAUCCAAAACCCGUCACUGAUAAUAUGUCAAGAAAUCAAUUCAUUAAUAUAGUAUGUGAUAUCUGUUUAGAAAUACCGGACUUCAAUUACAAUAAUGAUAUUUUACCUCAAAAUAAAAGAUAUUCUUCAACCAACAGAAGAGAUAAAGAUUCCUUAAGAAUUUAUUCAUUACCAUAUAGUGAACAUUCAUCAUAUAGAGAAUUAACAUACUUUUGUUUGUUUUUGAAUAUUGCAGAAAUAAUACCUACAGUGGGAACAGAAGAAGAUCGACUAGUUGGUAGAAUGAAUCAACAUAUUUCAUAUUGGAAUCAAAUCAAAGAACUUAUGAAAUCUAAGGUUCAAGAUCCUACUUUAGAUAAAAUGGUUCAUCAUAAAAUUCAAGAGUUAAAUAUUGAAAAAUUUUAA